AUGGCCUUAUCGCUGCGUCUGCUCUCACUCUUGUACCCUCUCACUCUUGCUAGCCAUGAUGGCUCCUUUGACCGGUGGCACCCUCCAGGCCCUGGGGACGUCCGCUGCCCCUGUCCCAUGCUGAAUGCGUUGGCAAACCACGACUUUCUACCCGCCAAUGGCAGGGGCAUAUCGCUGGAAAUCACGACGCGUGCCUUGAGGGACGGCAUCAACGUCGAUCCCUACGUGUCUAAGCUACUCUUUGACCACGCUAUCAAGACAAACCCUGACCCAAACGCCGCCACGUUCGAUCUCGACCACUUGAACCGCCACGGCAUCAUAGAGCACGACGCAAGCCUGACGCGACCGGACAACAGCUCUGGAGAUCCGAGUGUAUUCGACCCCGAGGUAUUUAAGGAAACACUGCAGUACUGGCCCGACCCCAUCGUCUCCGUGAAACAGGGCGCUGCCGCCCGACUUGGUCGGAUUCGCACCUCAGCAGGCACCAACGUCGACUUCGAGAUGAGGUUGGAAGACAAUUUCCGUGGACUUGGGGAGGUGGCGGGGUUCUACCUGACCCUGGGAGACCGGGUCGCUGGCACGGUGAAUCGCACUUGGCUGACCUAUUUUCUCGAGAAAGAGUUCCUGCCAGUCAAAUUUGGCUGGACGAGACCCCGCGACCCUAUCACGCUCGAGGCAUUACAGGCAGUCAUGACCAAGGUCUACGAAGCGACGAAGGACAUCAUUCACGAGGAGCGCAACCAAGGCUACUCCAGACCCAGGGACGCCGACCAGCAGCAUGUACUUAGUGGAGCAACUUGA